UUUUGCAAAUGUAUAUCUCGCUGUUACUUGCAGUUUGAAGGCUAGUUUAACUGUAGACAUUGCAGCAUGCAGAUGGGUGUUGUAUUGAGACCAGCAAAUUAAACUUUUCGAUAACCGUUAUAAUGUUGUGCAACGCUAGAGAAGGACCUCGAUCUUGAAACUCACUUUGCAUGUCUCUUUCUCUGUGCUGUUCCCGCACGUGUGGCGAACUGUUCAAUUUCUCUCUUUUAUCUCCUUGCAACGAUCGUUCCUCGCGUGCCCGUUUUGUGCAGAGGCAUCUGCUCGGAGUGUUUGUGGGCAUUUCCACUUGUGGCACCCUGCUGGUACUGUACGCUUCCUCCAGCGAUCUCCGAGCUGGUCCCUGGGUGUCGUUCGGUGCAGAGACCAGGAGGAGGAGAGAUACAGACCGGAGCCCGGAGCCUUCCUCACUGCCACUGCUGAAGGGAUACAUCAAUUUCAGGGACCACAAGGCUCUGCAGGUCCACUGUAAGGACUGCGCUCUGGUCACCAGCUCUGGGCAACUCAUCGGGAGCGGGCGGGGAGCAGAGAUCGACCGCGCCGAGUGCGUCAUCAGGAUGAACGACGCCCCGACACGGGGUUACCAGGAGGAUGUGGGCCGCAGGACCAGCCUGCGGGUGGUCGCGCACUCCAGCAUCCAGCGGCUGCUGCAGAAAGGGAGCGAGCUCCUCAACGCCAGCCGCGACCCGAUCUUCAUCUUCUGGGGACCCAGCAGCUGCAUGAGGAGAGACGGCAAGGGUCGGCUCUAUAACCACCUGCAGCUCCUGCACCGUCUUCGGCCCCGCCUCAAACUGCACACCAUCACACGGCAGAAGAUGGUGCACUUCGACGAACUCUUCAAGAGGGAGACCGGGAAAGACAGGAAAGCCUCCAAUUCCUGGCUGAGUACUGGCUGGUUCACCAUGAUCAUCGCCCUGGAACUUUGCAAUAGAAUUGACGUGUAUGGUAUGGUCCCACCGAACCACUGCAGGGACCCCGCUCACCGCACGGUGCCGUACCAUUACUAUGAGCCAUCAGGAAUCGAUGAGUGCACGAUGUACAUCUCACACGAGCUGGGCCGCAAGGGGAGCCAUCACCGGUUCAUAACGGAAAAGCACGCAUUCGCCAGGUGGGCAAGGCAGUAUGACGUCCACUUCCACCAGCCGGAAUGGGAGCUCGAAUCCCUGGCUUCCAAUCACACGGAGCGCAAGGCACGACGGAGGUGAGGCGUAGGCGAGGACGGACAGAGGUGAGGUGACCCAAGCACGGGGCACACGUGACCAAUCAGCAGGAGCUGCCAAACCCAAGGGACAGUUUCCUCUUGUUGUUUCUAAUCAGCAUCCCGCCAAAGGAACAUACCACAUUUAUGUAGCACCGCCUGCGACUGGUGUAAGACUUUGGAAGGGCAGCCGCUAUUGCAAUAUCAAGGGAUGACAAGAUGGCCGCCCCUGCAGAUCUCUCAAUUCAGAAAGCUCAUGAGGUACAGCGAUUGGAGCAAAACAAUCCUUUCAAAACUGGGUGAACCUUUUUUUUAAGGAGCCCGGAGGGAACCUCAUUUGAUUUAUUGACUCUGGUUUAUUUAAUGCUUCAGCCUCUGCGACCAUCCCAGUGUUUUGUCUAUAUAUACUUGUGAUGGUUUCUUUCUAAUCACUGACCUGUAAUGUUAUUUGUAUCAGUUGGAAUUUAUUAUUUCAUUGGGCUGCAACGUAUCACUUUUGAACUUUUGCUGACAUUUUAACCAAAUACCACAGGCAGCUCAGAACUGUAGCCUCUAAUUAAUCUUCCUGUGUGCCAAGGACUCCUUGUGUUGUGAGAAAUUACUGGUUGAAGAAUAAAAGUGUGUGGGGAACAACUCA